ACACAAAUAUGUAGAGCUGACUCCAGAGCAGUAGUUUAUAUACAGUAUUUCUCCUCACCUUUCACGUUUUAUAAACUUACCCCCGCUUCCUCGUUACAGCAGCGGCUGUGUGAAGGUCCAGACAUGGCCCAGAGUGUUUUAUAUCACAGCCUGGGGUGCCGGUUGUUUCACAGUAACGUUAAACUCAUAGGAAAAUGUACCCAGACCCAAACUGUCAGACUUGCACACAGUGUUUUACGGAGAGAAACGGGACUGAAACACACACUGUCACCGCGGACAGUUCUCAGCUGCCUGGUGAAUGCGGGUCAGUGGUACACCUGCAGGACAGCUCAGCAGCUUUAUCAACACUCCUCCAGACCAUUGUCCUCACUACCUCCUCCACCACCUUCAUCACGGGAUAAUAAUAAGAAAACUGGGCCUGUGACAUGGAAAUCUUUAGCAAUAACAUUUGCUAUUGGAGGCACUCUGCUUGGAGCGAUGAAAUACUUCAAGAAAGAAAAAGAAGAAUUGAUUGAAAAAGAGCGGACCAAAUCCAUAGGUCGACCAGCGCUGGGCGGCCCGUUCUCACUCAUCGAUCACAACAACAAGCCCACCAAGAGUGAGGACUUCCUCGGCCAGUGGAUCCUCAUCUAUUUUGGGUUUACUCACUGCCCCGACAUCUGCCCCGAUGAAUUAGAGAAAAUGAUUGAAGUGGUGGAUGAAAUAGAUAGAAUAAAAUCUCUUCCAAACCUGACACCUCUUCUCAUCACCAUUGAUCCUGAUAGGGACACACCAGAGGCCUUGUCUACAUAUGUGAAAGAGUUUUCCCCAAAGCUGAUUGGCCUGACAGGAACGACACCGCAGAUUGAGCAGGUCUCCAGAGCCUACAGAGUGUAUUACAGCCAGGGACCAAAGGACGAAGACAACGACUACAUUGUCGAUCACACCAUCAUCAUGUACCUCGUGGGACCUGACGGAGAAUUUAUGGAGUAUUUUGGACAGAACAAAAAAAGUUCGGAGAUCUCCAACUCAAUAGCAGCACAUAUGAGGAAGUACAAGAAGUCAAAGUGAGCAGCAGCUAUGGACUGAAAGUUUCUGUCCCCAGGUGUUAACUUAAAUCACUAAUGCCAGUUUACAUUGGCUCCCUGUAUUUAUUUUGAAUAUACUGUCGAACAAACUCAAUGUGACUGCAGUAACAUUCCUUUCACUGAGUGGUGUGCAGAAGAAAACAGGUCUGACACUGUUCUCCAUAAUACCAUUCAUGCAGCUGUUGUAAGGACAUAAUUCAGAAAAGGCUACAAGUGCCUUGACAAGAAAUUAACAAAUCAACUCCAAUGAGCUCAAUAUCUCUGACUUCUGAUGCAAAUAAUGAGGAAAUGUCUGGUGACUGAUGUAAAAAUGAAGCGUGAACAUUUGAUUUUGUGAUAAAAUCUAAAAACAUCUAUGCCUUUGAUAUAUGUAUGUUUAAUGCCUGACAGGCAGUACUUGUUUUUUUGCACUAUAUAAAUUUGUUACCAUUACAUCUUAAUGGAUUAGUGAGAAAAUAUGGAUCAGGAGUGGCUACAAUAUGUGUAGGAUGAAAUGAAAAUGUGUGACUGUGGAGACUCCCAGUGGUGGUAGGAGAAAAGGCACCAGGCAGACUACACCUGUUUUCAGAUGUUGAAGUUUUCUUUAAAUGUAUACCAUUCAAAUAAUUCAACCAAUGCUAGGAUGUAGUUUUUAUCUUUUACCUGGAGAGAUAGUCGUGACUUAGAGAGAAAUACAGAGGAAUAAGACCUAGAAAGAGCCAUUUAAAAAAGUUGUGCGAUUGCUGUAAAAAGUGACAUCAGUGGAACAAGAGAUUGUUAGUAUAUAUUCGAAAACUAGACACAGGGCAUCACUGCAUAUAAGAGAGACUAAAAGAAGAUACAACAGCAAACCACAGUCAGAGGAGUGUUUGAACCCUUUUGGUUGGCAGGCAGCUGUUCUAACUUAACUCACAGGUACCUAGAUAGAUAGAUUAAUUACUUUAUUAAUCUCAAUGGGAAAUUUAUAUCUUCCAGGAAAAGUGUUUCCACAGGCCAACAGUACAUCUACUCAGUCAAACAUCACAUGACCUAUGAAAAACUAAAGCCCUUAUUCAGAUAAUAGAUGCCCUAAAACUGUCGGGGUGUGUUCCAGUACCUAUACUAGGAUACUAUUAAGUAUGCCAGAAAAAGAUUUAAUAUGGCCCAGUACAUAGUUUAUCAAAUGCUGAAUGCCAAAAAUACCAGAGUGUCCUAUUGUAUCUGGUCACAUUCUGCAGUAUGUAAGCCAGCAUGCUUUUCUGGCUGUUCUGACCCACAGUCCUCUGCACAGCAGAAGAAAUGUCAAAGCAACUGAACCACAGACAGAUGAUGGCAGACGGGGAAAAAAUCACAAAUAACAACAAAAGGACAUUACUAUGAAAAUAAUGACAGAGAAAAUCAUAUGCAGUUUUACUGUUGUUAAUAUAAGUGUGCUAGAUUCUACAGUGUUUGCAGUUAUAACUUGUAAAGUAACAACAGCAGAGUUUUGUUGUAUCUACAAGGUUACGUUAAAUGAAAACAUUAAGAUCGUAUGGAUUCCAAAAUACUUUUUUUUUUACACUUCAAAUUUCGCACUACAGAGUGAGAUUGAUAUAAUAGCAAGAGGGUCGGAGUUCAAGGCGCAAUGUUAGGCUGAAGUAGGAUGACCCAAUUGUAUGCAUUCUCCACCCAACAGUAUGUACUUCGUAAGGGCAUCUGCAGUAUGUACUGAAAGUCAAUAAAAGUAACACUGUUUGUUACAGCAGGACGACCUGAACAUGAUAUUAAAUGAGCACAUAGUCUUUAAAACUUGCAUAUUGACACUGAAACUGCCUUCAGUGUUAUUUGAAAUAUUAAAGAA